CUCACUCUCCCUGCCACGGGUGUAUGUUAUGUUAAGUAGCCGGUCUGCUUUCUGUCUGUGACUCUUUCCUCCUUGGAUUUCAAUUCCAAACAUGGUUAUCCUUCUAGGGGUGUCUCACUUCCCACCCCAGCCCAUUCCUUUCCUGCUUUGUGUUUCCAGCAGUGCUCACUCCACUGUAGGAGGCACGAAGAGACGAGGCAUAGCAGGUGAAAUAGUGGAAAUUGAAGACAGAGGGGGUGCGAGAGAGAUGAAGAGGCUCACAGAAUGAAGGCAACUACAUUCCAUAUGUUGUUUUUUUUAAAUCAUGGGCAAAGAGAACAAGGAAGCGGCUAAGAAGGCAAAGGGGGACAUUUUGUAACGUCUUUUUUUGAGUUUAUAUUCUUUGUGAACACUUUGGCUUCACACAAAAAAGGAAACUUUAUGACAAGACAAAACAAAAAAGAACAGUCCACUGAAGGCUCCUCCUGGACUCUGAAGAAAUCUCUUUUGUGUGGAUGUUGUGAGAGUAGAACAUGAACAACACCAACUUUAACCUCGAUACGAUAAUCUAUGGUCAUUCACUAUGUACAGGAUGGACCAACAGCACAGAGGGUGCCAUCUACCAACUGGGAAACACCAUCCUCAGUUUAGGGUACAUGGGUGGCAGCGGAACUUAUGGAACACUAUACAUUUUCACUUUCUUGGCUCCUGCUUUCCUGUGUUUGGCAUUGUGGGGCUGGCUAUCAGUGUGUGGCCUCGAUGUCUUUCUCUGGAACAUGCUGCUGAUGCUGCAGUGCCUAGCCCAGGUGUGCCACCUGAUAUUCCGGCUGAUGCGAGAUGGUCUGGCCAAUGACGAGCUUUCUGCCCUCUACUCUGCAGUCUAUCUUCCACUGGAGGUACCUGUGCGGGUGUUCAAAGAGAUCACUGCUGCCUGUGAGAACAAGGUGCUCGCUAUCAAGUCUGAGGAGACGUAUGCUAUAGAGGGAAAAACACCUAUCGACCAGCUCUCCUUUCUGCUCUCUGGAAGGAUUCGGGUGUCUUUAGAAGGUCAGUUCCUUCAUUACAUAUUCCCUCACCAGUUCCUGGAUUCUCCGGAAUGGGAAUCCCUCAGACCAACAGAGGAGGGAAAUUUCCAGGUGACACUGACAGCAGAGACAGAUUGCCACUACAUCUCUUGGCGCCGCCGCCGUCUUUAUCUCCUUCUGGCCAAAGAUCGCUACAUUGCUCGUCUCUUUUCGGUCAUGCUUGGCAAUGACAUUGCAGACAAACUCUACUCUAUUAAUGACAAACUCUUUGUCAAGAGCGGGGUACACCUUGACAUCCGUCUGCCCAGCCUCUACCAUGUUCUUGCCCCUUCGACACCAAGUAGUGAGGGGGGCAGUGGCAGUUCUGCACCCAGGGGAAACGAAGGGAAUCAGACAGUCCUGCCAAUAGACCCAUCACCUAGCAACCAGCAUGUAGGUGUAGCAAGCUCUCAACAAGUACAGGCGAAGGACCCACUUCUAAAAGGUCAGCCUUCCCAGCGACACUCUUCCUGGGCCACGGAUCCUGAGAUGCCUUCUGGUGAGGACUCAACUAGCCUAGUCCUCGAGGACUUUGCUGACAUGAUAGGCUCUCUAGUGGACUAUAGGAGUGAAAGGGAUUAUUUGAAGUAGAAAAUAGGGUGCUGAAGCUAACACUCAGGGCCACUUCUUAAGUUACAUGUAAGUACACACAAAUAGGUCAGGACUGGUAAUGUGGGGAGAAGUGUGUGUUGUGCAGUGUGUUUUGAAUGGCACCGUUGCACUCUUUUGGCACCGAGCACUUGACUAACUUCAGAGAAUGCAGGAGAGGAAUGUGCUUUGCAGUGAAUGUGCAUUUUAUCAUCUAACUCUUCCAUGAGUGUUACUGUACGCAUGAAAAAAGAUUCAAAUAGACUUAUUCUAUGUAGCAAAGAAAUUUUGCAAGUUGUGCAGGAAAUCACUGUCUCUGGAAAUCUAUCUGUGUGUUUGUGUCUACAUGGACUGGUGUGAGUCAAAGGAGAGAGAAGGCAUUGAGCUCUUUCCUUGCCUCAAAUAUUACAAAUGAUUACAAUACACAUUUUAAUACGAGUGGAAAAGGGAAAUAUAAUUAGUGAAUAGGAGUCAGUUAAGAUUUUUCUCAUCGUCCUGCAGAUUUGUUUGUUUAAAGGCUGGAAAGUCAUGAGCAAUCCUGUGAUCCCGAACUGUAGGCUCCAUUAAUCCACCUCUGGCCUCGUUCGAAAUUCAUGCAUGCACCAGCUGUGGGUGAUAUUGCAUUACAUGGGGGGCGGGGGGUGGAAAGGGUGGUAUUGGAUGGCAUGCAGGACAGCUGACGGGAAGAGAUGGGUGCCACUGUCCACUGAAAUGGUGACCUUGUACACAAGGCCUAUGGAGGAAUGAGAGAUAUGGGUUGGGCUAUGUGGACAGAUAGGCUACACCAUACUUUCAAGGGGGACUUGUAGUGAUUCAGGACAGAUUCAAAACAAUCUCAACAUAAGUUACUCUAGAAGGACUUCUAUAAUAGUAAGCUAUUGCCAUAAGUUUGCAAAUGACCACUUGUUGAUUUUCUUUAUAAAUUUGACAGAGGGUGAUACUGCUGGAAGGUUUCGAUAUCAAAGAGGACGUGCUCCACUGGCUCUCACGGAUACCCCGAGGCUCUAAAAAUAAUCUAAUCCAUAAACAAAGCCAAGAGUGGAACCCGGGCCUCAGCAAGUUCCACUACAUGCUUCUCGUUUCCUCUGUUGUCAUAGGUUAUGUUUCUAUAGUACAGUACAGAGACGUAUUGUAAAUCGGACAUCUUAACGAGGUUUUAGAAAGGAUUUAUCUAUACUAGUAUAGCAGUAAUAAUCCUUUCAAUUGGCCUCGAUCAACAAAGCCAAAAAUAGUUUUAGGUUCCAUGUUAAUAUCGUUAUAGAAUAACUUUAAAGUUUUCCCUUUAAUGUUGUUAUUAAGCCUGUAGUCUGAGUAUUUUGGUAGAUCUGAAUGUAAGCAAGAGUUCCUCUUCUCUUUUCACUUGAUUUCCUAAUGUCACAUUGUGUUUUUGCUUUUUUCCUUUUCUUUUCUGAAGUACAUAAUAAAUACUAAAUAAUGAGUGCAGGGAAAACAUUCAACCAGCCUAUACUAUUUAACGUCAUUUUAUUUCACCAUAAGGAAUCAGUGUAUUUUCAUGGGGCCAAUUCUUCCUUAAUAAAACCUCAGUGGAAAUUCAGUGCAUGGCUGAUAUUGAUCCCAGUCUAUAAUUUGCCUGUAGUAGAUUAAGCUUUAUUCUACAUUUUAAUUACCAAACGUUAUGCAUAAAUUUGCCUGAACACUGUUAAUUAAUUUCACAGAUAAUUUAUGCAUUAAAGAAUGCCAAGCUCCUGUAUAUCACAAAAAACAACAACAACAACAAAACCCAUUAAGGUUAACAUUAACGUUAAGUUAAUAAGACACACGUGAAGAAUUUUCAUCUUAACGAUAUUGCAUUAUUUGAUAUUAGAAGGAAAGAACUCAUCGAACCAAACUCCAGAAAUUGAUCAGGGUUGAAAGGCAUUUUAACUGCUCUGUAAUGUCUGACCUAAUAUCAUCGGACUGUUAGCGAACAACACAUUUGUAAACGGCGUUUUUUACACUGUACAUGCGAUAUGUGUGCUUUUAAUGGAACACUUUAAUAAAUGCUGUUGUCUUUA